UGAUGGUAGAUUUUUGUUUAUUCGUCUUGUACAUGACUUAGAUAUUUGGUAUUCUGGUUUAUAUCCAACAUGUUGUAAAGGUCCUUCUGACACAUAUUCUAAAACUACAAUAGAAAUUGUAUUCCUUGAUAUUCCGUAG